GAGAAAGAAAUAGAAAACAGGACACAAAGAAUCAUGUGACUCAUGUUAUUUUGGCAGGCUGGCUGACUGACCUUAACCCUCUUCAAGACUUAUCUGAAUAGGAACUGUCGAAAAUAGGCAAACAUUGAAAACUUCAUGUAAAAUGGACUGUGAAGCGAUUUGAACUAUUCUCUUGGACAUAGAGACUAAUGAAUUGAUAAUACUUCUAGCUUCCUUGUUUCAGCUUUCCUGACUGUCAAAAUGAUUAAAAGAAAGAUAAGCAUUUGCCAACAGACUCGGGCCCUUCUGUGUAAGAACAUUAUUAAAAAAUGGAGGAUGAAAAGAGAGAGUUUAGUGGAAUGGCUUCUUUCAUUGCUACUUUGCCUGCUGCUGUUUCUGAUUGGAUUAUUCAAUGAUGUUUCUAAAGUUCCUGAAGUACCUCCAGUAGACCUAGGACGCAUAGACAAAUUUAAUGAAUCUGACUUUUUAAUGCAAUAUGAGCCAAUCACCAAUAUAACUCAACAGAUAAUAGAAAAAAUGCGUUUGGCUCCCUUCAUGAAAGGAAUAAAUAUCACUGGGGUUGAAGAUAGAAACGCUAUGAUAUCAUGGCAAAGUUAUUUUGACAUAAUGGCAAUCAGCUUUCAUGAUAUGUUUUCAUAUGAGUUCAAGUCUUGGGGAUACAGAGUUCCAUUUUUCACAGAACAUCAUGAUUAUCCAGUAUAUUGUAGAGACAGUGGGGGAGAAAUCAUAUGUUCACUUGAAAGAUAUUGGAAAGGGGGUUUUGUGGCUUUACAAACUGCCAUUAAUUCUGCUAUUAUAGAAAUUGCAACAAAUCAUUCUGUGAUGGAGCAGCUGAUGUCAGUCAAUGGUAUAAUAAUGAAGGUGCCUCCUUUCAUUUCCCAACUUGGAAUGCUUAAUGAGUUCAUCAUUUCCACCUACUUAAUUUUUUUCUCCCCAAUGAUAUAUUUUGUGUGCCUUAAUGUUACAAGAGAGAGAAGAAAGACUAAGAAAUAUAUGACAAUAAUGGGUCUCCAGGAUUCAGCUUUCUGGCUUUCCUGGGGUAUACUCUAUGGUGGUUACAUUUUUAUUUUGGCAACUCUGCUGACCUUUACAGUAAAAUCUUCUGAAUUUAUAGUCAUGACUGGUUACUUCAUGAUAUUCUUCCUGUUUCUCUUUUAUGGUCUCUCUUUGGUAGCAUUAAGUUUCCUGAUGAGUGUGUUGAUUAAGGAACCUCUGCUUACUGGCUUGAUCACAUUCCUCCUUACAGUUUACUGGGGAGGUUUGGGAUUUAUUUUAUUUUUUCACGAAUUUCCUGCAUCUUUGGAAUGGAUUUUAAGUCUCCUAAGUCCCUUUGCCUUCAUUUUCGGAAUGAACCAAAUUAGGAGACUGGAUUACAACUCGAGAGGUUUUGGUUUCCCUGAUCCUACUGGAGACUCACAUCAAUUGUUAGCCAUAUUGUUCAUGUUGAUUUUUGAUAAUCUUCUCUACUUGGCUCUUGCUCUAUAUUUUGAAAAAAUAUUACCACGUGAAUAUGGACUCCAACAUUCUCCUCUGUUUUUCCUGAAGUCUUCAUUUUGGAAAACUCAUCCCAAGGCUAGUCAUCAGAUAUUGGAGAAUGAGACUAAUUCUACAUAUUGCUCUGACUCUUUUGAACAAGUGCCUCUGGAAUUUCAUGGAAAAGAAGCUAUCAGAAUCAGAAAUCUAAAAAAAGAAUAUAAAAGGAAGCUUGAAAAAGUGGAAGCUUUGAAAGGUUUGCAAUUGGACAUCUAUGAAGGCCAGAUCACAGCAAUACUAGGUCACAGUGGAGCUGGGAAAACAACACUAAUCAAUAUUCUUAGUGGAUUAUCUGCUCCAACAGAAGGAUCUGCUAGCAUCUAUAAUAACAACCUCUCUGAAAUGAUGGACUUAAAAGAAAUCAGGAUGAUCACUGGUGUUUGCCCACAAUUUAACAUACAUAUUGAUUUCCUUACUGUGAGAGAAAACCUCAGACUAUAUGCUAAAAUCAAAGGGGUUGCACCAAAAAUGGUGGAGCAGGAGGUGGAAAGAGUUUGCCUGGAAUUAGAAAUGAAAAAUAUUCAAGAUACUUUUGCUACUAAUCUAACUGGUGGACAGAAAAGGAAGCUGACCUUUGGUAUUGCCAUUUUAGGAGAUCCUCAGGUAUUGUUGUUGGAUGAACCAACUGCUGGAUUAGAUCCUUUUUCACGGCACCAAGUAUGGCACAUCUUAAAGGAGCGCAAAGAAAACCAUGUGAUCCUGUUCAGUACCCAGUUUAUGGAUGAAGCUGAUCUUCUUGCUGAUUGGAAAGUCUUUAUAUCCAGUGGGAGACUGAAGUGUGCAGGUUCUUCUUUGUUUCUAAAGAGAAAAUGGGGAAUUGGUUAUCACUUAAGUUUGCACAAAAAUGAAUCUUGUGACUCAGAGAGAAUAACAUCACUUAUUAAACAUCACAUUCCUGAUGCCAAAUUAACUGCAGAAAGUGAAGAAAAGCUGGUAUACACAUUGCCCUUGGAAAAGACAGCUUCAUUUCCAGACCUUUAUAGUGAUCUUGAUAAUUAUGCUGACCAAGGCAUUAUGAAUUAUGGUGUUUCCAUGACAACUCUGACUGAGGUAUUCUUGAAACUCGAAGGAAAAAUAGCAACUGAUGAAUCAGAUUUUAGCAGUUGUGAGCAGGAGCAAACAGAAGUCACUCAGCAUUUUGAAAACUUUGUUGAACCAGAGCAGUCUUUCUCUUCUCUUAGUGGAGAGAAGAUGGAGACAGUCAGUGGCAUGGCUCUCUGGAGACAACAGAUUUGUGCAAUUGGAAGGGUUCGUUUCUUAAAAUUAAAGCAUGAAGGGAAAGCUGUUCUGUCAUUAUUUUUAUUAUUGGCAGUUACUUUGAUACCUGUUGUUUUUGACCAAAUAGUAUUUCAAGUAUUUCAUCCUCUUGUUUCUUGGGAAUUUUCUCCUGAUACAUAUUUCCUCUCCCCUGGACAGAAGCCAAAAAUUCCCCUCAGCAACCUAUUAAUUCUCAACAAUACAGAAUCUAAUAUUGAAGAUUUUAUAAAUUCUCUGAAGCACCAGAAUAUAGCUCUGGAAGUAGAUGACUUUGAAAAAAGAGAUGGAACAUCUGACCUUUCCUACAGUGGAGCUAUAAUAGUAUCAGGGGCAAAGGAGGAUUAUAGAUUUUCUCUUGUAUGUAACACCAAGAGACUCAAAUGCUUUCCUGUCCUCAUGAAUAUUGUUAGUAAUGGAUUACUUAGAAUGUUGAACUCCUCAAAACAAAUUCAUAUUAAGAAAACUCUAUUUUCUUUUAAUGUUGAGCCCAGUUCGAUGAUGAGAACAGAUGCAGAUUUGUUCUUGAUAAUGGCAACAACCAGUCUUUCUCCUUAUUUUGCAAUGAGUAGCAUCAUUGAUUACAAAAUAAAAGCUCAAAUGCAACUAAGGAUUUCAGGCCUUUACCCUUCAGCAUACUGGUGUGGGCAAGCACUGGUAGACAUUCCCUUCAAUUUCGUGAUUAUUUGUUUAAUAUUUGUAAUUGUAUACUUUAUAAACUGGGGCUUCUACACAAUGGACAUUUUAAUCCUAAUUGUUGAGAUCAUCUGUAUUAUUGGUUAUGCAGGCUCAAGUGUCUUCUUCACAUAUGUGAUUUCAUUCAUUUCUAAAAAAGGAAGAAAAAAUAGUGGCAUCUGGUCUACUUGCUUCUUUAUUGCUUCCAUGUUCAUAUUUAUCUUUAUUCAAUCAAGUAAUGCUAAACUAUUUAAUACACUUUGUUGCACUGCAUUUAUACCUUUCUUCACCAUGUUUGGAUGCACAAUGCUGAUUUUGGAGAUCAACUUUAGGAAUUUCAGGAACUUUAAUGUAAUGAGUGAAGAGGAUAAAAUAAAUGAAAAUGUGUUCUUCAUGGUCCUCAUACCUUACCUUCAUUGUAUCAUUUUCCUUUUUGUUCUGCGAUGUCUGGAAAUGAAAUAUGGAAAGCAAUGUGUGAGAAAGGACCCUCUGUUCAGAAUUUCCCCAACAAAUAGUGAUGGUGGUACCAAUCCUGAAGAACUAGAAAAUGAAGAUGAAGAUGUUCAGGCAGAAAGAGCUAGAGUUGCAAGAGUUCUGACUUCUUCCAAUCUGGAUGAGAAACCUAUUAUUAUUGCCAGCUGUCUGCGGAAAGAAUAUGAAGGCAAGAAGAAAAGUUGUUUUUCCAAGGGAAAGAAGAAAGUGGCUACAAGAAAUAUCUCUUUCUGCGUUAAAAAAGGUGAGAUACUGGGAUUGCUGGGACACAAUGGAGCUGGCAAAAGUACAUGUAUUAGAAUGAUAACUGGAGACACAAGACCAACAGCUGGGAAGGUAAUUCUGAAAAAAAACACAACUCAACAAAAAGAUGAAAUGGUUACUAUCCUUGGUUACUGUGCUCAGGAAAAUAUAGUAUGGAAAAACCUUACAGUGAAAGAACAUCUGGAGGUCUAUGCUGCAGUGAAAGGACUAAAGAAGGAAGAUGCCAUGGUCACUAUUUCAAGAUUAAAAGAUGCUUUCAAACUUCAGAAGUACAUGAAGGUUCCAGUCAAGGAAUUGCCAACAGGCAUAACUCGAAAGUUAUGCUUUGCUCUGAGUAUUCUAGAAAAUCCAGCUGUCAUACUUUUGGAUGAACCAUCAACUGGAAUGGAUCCAGAAGGGCAGCAACAAAUAUGGAAGGCUAUUCGAGAAAUAUUUAAAAAGGAGAGUGGUGCUAUCCUGACUACACAUUACAUGGCAGAAGCUGAAGCUGUAUGUGACCGAGUGGCUAUCAUGGUAUCAGGACAGUUAAGAUGCAUUGGUUCCAUCCAACAUUUGAAAAGCAAAUUUGGUAAAGAUUACAUACUGGAAAUAAAAGUGAAAGAACCUGGGCAAAUGAGACAUCUCCAUGAAGAGAUUUUGAAACUUUUCCCAACAGCAGCAAAGCAAGAAAGGUAUUCCUCCUUGAUGGUCUAUAAAUUGCCUGUAGAAGAUGUUCAUCCUCUUUCUCAGGCCUUUUCUAAAUUAGAGGCAGCUAAACAUGCAUUCAACCUGGAGGAAUACAAUCUCUCUCAGUCUACUUUGGAACAGGUCUUCCUAGAGUUGUCAAAGGAGCAGGAAAUGGGAGAUUUUGAAGAGGAACUGGAUACAACUGUAAAAUGGAAACUUCUUCCACAGGAAGAACCUUAAAGACCUAGCUCUCCUAAGUUUAUGUCUCAUGACCCUUCAUUUUAAUGCAUCUAUAUUUUUAAUUUCAUAUAUCAUCUCAAAAAUGUUAUAUCAAAGUUUUAAAGAAUAUUUUGUAUUUGCAUACAAGUUACUUAAAUUUGUAAUUAGUUUUUGCUAGAAUGAAGUAAGGAAGAAUACCUUCGAGCAAAAUCUCUACAUUAAACAGUAUUGAUAAUGACAUGGAAUUGAAGUAUACUAGUUUCCUAGUUAUAGGUAUAGAAGAAGGGUCAGAUUGUACAAAUCAAUGACAACAAACAAGCAUUAACUGGGAUUGAAUGGAAUCAUAAGCAGUUGGCUCACUAGUUCACCAACCGGCUUAAAAAGUAUCUUGACAGAACUUACUGCUUUUCUGGGUUUAGAUGAAUAUAUUACCUUUCCAUUUCUUCUUCCUCCUCUAUCUCACAGCAGCCUGGUGAACUGACAUUGCUUAAUCUUAAAAUUUUGUUUAUUUUUUGUCUCUAUCUUUAUAAUGUGUUUUAUCUCCCAAUAAAUUUAAAGUAAUUUUUUAUUGUUUUCUGAUUAUAUAAAUAGACUAUACUAUAGUAUAGUAUAUACUAUAAUAUAAAUAGACCACACAUUAAGGAGAAAGGCAAAAGAGAAUUUCUAGACAAAUAAUCCUAGAGUUGACCAACUCUCAUACAAUAAAAUACAGAUCUAUUUGGUAUAUUUUUUAAAACAUUUAAUUAUGAACUUGAAAACACUAGAAUUCUUUUUAAAUAAGUAUUAUUAAGAUUCAAGUUUUUGAGUUCAGAAUCAAUUCAAAUCAAGUCAACAAACAUUUAGCAUUCUACUAAAUGCUGGAGAUACAAGGACAACAAUUAAACAAUCAUUAUCCUAAUUCCUAAUUGCAAAUUGACAGUCAUAUUAACUAAGAGUAAUCACAUCUUAGAUUGGGGGAGAGGGAAGCAGUGAUAUGGGGGGGGCAAAAUUAGGUCAUUCUACAAGUUAAAAUUAUAGUCGUCCUAUAAAUUAAAAUUACCCUGGAAAAACUUUUAAAUCACUCCCCAAAUCAGUAUACUGUUUUUAAAUAGUUCCAAUUUAAAAAAAGGCUGGGGUCCCCAUUAAACACUUGUAAGAGUGCUGAGGUAAUUGCUAUGAAAACAAUUGGAUGUAAUUUUUUUUCAUAACACUCAAUCAAGAUCUCAGGAGAGCAAGAGAAAAGAACCAAGCCUUGAAGAAGAAAAUGAAAACAAUAGUAGAAGUAAUGAUUAGAGGGAAUGCUUUACUGGAUGAUUAUAUAUUCACUACCCAUAAUGAUUUUAGGUCAUAUAUUUAUUGAGUGGAAUAUAGCAGGCAUGAUAUAUUGCAUUAUUUAAAUGUCUGUUUUUCUCUUCUGUAAUUAUUUUUUGCCAAGUACAUAUAGUUGAAUUUUCACAUGUUAAAUGAGUGUAUGAUGAGACUCUUCUGUAUAGACACUAUAUUUUACAGAUUAUAACUGUUUAUCCAAUGUGGUAAUAAACCAAAAAAAUAAAAUAAAAUAAAACAAAUCUGUGUGUA